AAAGUAGCGACGCAAGAAACAAGCUCGUUUAGGGGGUGUUUGUCUGACACUUACAAAAUAAAAUCUUUAAUGUAAUGCCCUUAAAUCACAAGUUGAGGAAGGAUAUGCCUUAAUGUAUUUCAUACGUAAGUAUGUUGUACUUGUUUUUGUCGGAGCGGACGUGUUUCAGCCGUGGAAAUAGGCGGUGCUGCGGUAGCCUGCUAGCUCGAUGCUGUGUGCACACUUGUGUUGUCAUUCAGCGCGUCGGAUUAGAAAAGCACUAAAUCUCUAGCGGUUGAUUCUAUGCGCAGCGUCGCUCAUUCAGAUGGUUACGCCUGCUCUGCUUUCCAGUCAGCAUGAGGACAAAGCGGAGACGCGAGUUCUGUCGGUUUGUUUGUUAGCGUCUAUUAAAAUAACAGCAGGUAGCAGGUUAGCGCCAGUUCAUAGCUAACGUCGAAGAGCUAUUCACGAAAACCGGCGGAACGGGGUUCAUUAGGAGCUUCUGACAGGUGUCACAGCGCAGCUGUCAACACCCACACUGGGUCUCUGUCAGGUAACUGUCUGAUGUGCAGAAAACUCUAAGCGAAGCGCUGAGGCCAGGAUUAGUGAGAGGACCUCUCGUCCAUACGUUAUCCACAUGAGGAAUGCUGGGAGCAUGCAGCCCACAUACAGAAGAGAUGCUGGAGUCUGGAACCAAACGAGAAGUCUUCUCUACAAGAAUCUACUCAUCAAAUGGAGGACCAAGCAACAGAGCCUACAGGAAUUAAUCCUGCCUCUGCUCCUGUUGGGGCUUCUGAUACUCAUCAGCACCCUGAAUCCUCAUGCUUAUUAUGGAGGCUUCAAUACGACAGAACUGGAGAGUGAUACCCACUUCUUCAAAGGCCUUGGCUACACACCAAUCAAUAACAUCACCACUCACAUAAUGGAAGAGGUGGCUCAGAUAAUGCUUAUGCAGGAUCGUCUCGAGAUGUUUUCCAGUGAGGAGGAUCUGGAGAACGCCAGCCUGUAUGACCCCUCCAGCUACGUUGGUGUGGUGUUCAUGGACAGCUCAGCCACAUCUUACAAACUCCGCUUCCCCUACAACCACCUGCCUUUACCCAGUGACUACACAGAGUCCUUUGCCAACUGUUUCUCAAGCUUCGUGAACUGCAGAGCUGCAAAUUACUGGUACUCCGGCUUCAUUCGCCUCCAGUCUCUGAUUGAUGCAGCCAUCAUUCAGAUGCAGACAAAGCGUUCGGUGUGGAACGAGUUAGAUCUCAAGGUGGUGAUGAUGGGUCAGCCAGCCUCUGUGGAGGUUCAGAAGUUCCCCCACGCCCUCAUCUCCAUCUACCUGGUCCUGGCUUUCACACCCUUCGUCACCUUCCUCAUUGUCAAUGUGGCGGCUGAGAAGGAGCAUCGCCUCAAGGAUACCAUGACUAUGAUGGGACUUUACGACACAGCCUUCUGGUUAUCAUGGGGCCUCCUGUACGCUGCUCUAGUGACCACCAUGUCCAUCCUGAUGGCCAUCAUCGCUACUUACACAGCGCUCUUCCCUAACAGUGACUUCUUUGUCAUCUUUUUCCUCAUAUUCCUCUAUGGAAUAUCAUCAAUCUUCUUCUCCUUCAUGUUAACGCCGCUGUUUAAGAAGCCCAAGUUUGCCAGCACAGUGGGAUCCAUGCUGACGGUCGUGUUUGGCUGCCUGUCGCUGUUCACUGUCCUCAUGAAGGAUUUCCCACAGCCACUGGUGUGGCUUCUGUGCCUGCUGUCCCCCAGUGCCUUCUCCAUUGGUAUUGCACAGGUUGUUUACUUGGAGGCACAGGGAGACGGUGCUGUCUUUUCCUCUCUGACCAAUGGUCCUCAUCCCUUGUAUGUGCCACUGCUGAUGCUGGUUGUGGACUGCAUCCUUUAUCUUCUGUUGGCCAUUUACCUGGACCAGGUACUACCUGGUGAUUUUGGAAUGAGGAGGUCCUUGGUGUACUUCCUGAAGCCGUCAUACUGGUCCAAACGCGGAAGGCAUUAUGUUGAAGUAAGCUCAGUGUACGACACCGAGGUGAACGGUGCUCUUAGUGGAGACGAGUCCGUCGAGCCAGUUUCUCCCGAGUUCAGAGGGAAAGAAGCCAUCCGCAUCAAUAACAUCCAGAAAGUGUACAAAGAAAAGGACAACAUAGUGGAAGCUCUGAGGGGUUUGACGUUUGACAUCUACGAGGGCCAGAUUACGGCUUUGCUUGGACACAGUGGGGCUGGAAAAUCCACUCUAAUGAACAUCCUGUGUGGAAUCUGCCCUCCGACUAAUGGCACGGCCACCAUCUACGGCUCCCCUGUAUCGGAGAUUGCCGACGCGUCCGAAAUGAAGCAGCUGGUGGGAAUCUGCCCUCAGUUCAACAUCAUCUUUGAUGUUCUUACUGUGGAGGAGCACCUGAGGAUAUUUGCUGCCAUCAAAGGGAUCCCACGAGCAGACACUGAUGCUGAGGUUUCAAAAGUACUGAAGGACCUGGACUUGGAGAAGAUCAUGACAGCUCAAGCCAAGAAUCUGAGUGGAGGCCAGAAGAGAAAACUCUCUGUGGGCAUCGCCAUUCUAGGAGAUCCCAAGAUCCUGCUCUUAGACGAGCCCACAGCUGGCAUGGACCCGUGCUCCAGGCACCAGGUGUGGUCGCUGCUGAAGAGUCGCCGGGCUGGCAGAGUCACUGUGCUCAGCACACACUAUAUGGAUGAGGCAGACAUCCUUGCUGAUCGCAAAGCUGUGAUCUCUCAAGGCCAGCUGAAGUGUGUUGGCUCCUCCCUGUAUCUCAAGAUCAAGUGCGGUGUAGGAUAUCAUCUCAGAAUGUCUAUCAAUGAGGGAAGUGAUGCAGAAAAAAUCACGUCUUUGGUUAAGCAGCACGUUCCCAAAGCCAAACUAUCCCAACAGCACGAGGCAGAACUGACAUUCACGCUGCCUUUUGAGAGCAUGGAUACAUUUCCAGGCCUGUUCUCAGAGCUCGACUCUCAACCCAUACUGGGAAUAAUCAACUAUGGAGUUUCCAUGACAACACUGGAAGAUGUUUUUCUACGGUUGGAGGCAGAGGCUGAAGUGGAUCAAGCUGACUACAGCGUGUUUAAUCGAGAGCAGGCGGAGGACGAAUGCGACAACGCGUCCCUGGACGAUACAGACCUGCGGCUCCUCACGUUCUCUGACACCAAGUCGGACGCUGUGACAGGUCACGCCCUGUGGCGGCAGCAGUUCAGCACCGUGGCAUGGCUGCACAUGCUCAAUAUGCGCAGGGAGAGGAAGGCCUUCAUUUACACUCUGGCUUUGUUCCUGGUGUUGGUGUCUGCAGUCCUCGUUCUGUCUCUGGCCACAGGAAACAUCCAGAUUCACUCCUCAGACCGCCAGUUUUUGCCCAUUUAUCUCCUCAAGAGGAACCAGGCGCCCCGGAGAUACGCCACAAGCCUGCUGGUUCAGAACUCAUCUGGCUCUGAUAUUUCUGACUUCAUCCACAACCUCGAGUCUCAAGACAUCAAAGUGGAAAUGAUGAAGCAGAGUGACUACAUGGUUGCGGCUCCCCACAGCGCUGCCAUCAAUGUAUCAGGAUCCAGCAAGGGUUUCAGAUACAGUGUUGCAUUUAACAGCACAACAGUUCACUCCUUGCCCAUGGCUGUCAACAUACUGAGCAAUGCUCUUCUAAGAGGUCUAAAUGGGACCGGACAGAUCCGAACGUGGACCAAACCAUUUGACUAUCAAAUCCCAGAUGCUACAUCCUAUGCUCUGGUUUACAUAGAGGCAAUCGUACUGGGAAUGCUGGCAGCUGGAAUGCCGGCAUAUUUUGCAAUGGACCACACUCGCGAUCGAGAGCUCAAGUGUCGCUCGACUCUGCACAUCUCUGGACUGGUACCAUCAGCGUACUGGUGCGGCCAGGCAGCAGUGGACCUCCCCUUCUAUUACCUAAUCCUGUCCUGUAUGAUCACCGUCCUUUUCUCCUUCCACACUGGAAACCUGCUCACCUCCGGCAACCUCACUGCUGUGGUCCUCUGCACCGUUGGCUUCGCCCCAGCCAUGAUUCUCUUCACUUAUGUGUUUUCUUUCGGCUUCACCCGAGUCCAGAGCAACAGGGAUUUCUUCUCCGUCAUCUCCAUGAUGGUAUGUGUCGUGUCGGCGUCAGUGGUUCAGUUGUCCUUCGUGAACAACAAUCCAGGUUUAACAAGAACCCUGCACAACAUCUUGUGUUUCUUCAACCCGCUCUACCCUCUUAUGGGCUGUCUCAACUGCAUCACCGAGGCCACCUUUCUCCCAUCUCUCUAUGAGGAGAAAUUCCUGUUGAAGAACCUGCUCAUUUCAGUUAUAGCUCCCUAUCUCCAGUGCAUCAUUCUGCUUCUCCUGCUCUGCUGGCUGGAGAUCUAUUAUAGAGGGAGGACGAAAAUCGAUCAGCUUUGCAGGAUCUCACCCAAGUCAAAGCCCAGAGUGGAGAGGAACCUAGAGGAAGGGCUGAAUGAAGAUGAGGAUGUUCAGAUGGAGAAGGCGAGAGUAAAAGAGGCCCUCAGCUCUCGGUCCUGUGAAGAGAAACCGGUGGUGGUUGUGAGUAACCUGAAGAAGCAGUACAAGGGCAGGAGAGAAGGAUUUUCUCUAAACAAGAAGAGGACGCUGGCUACCAAGAACGUCUCUUUCUGUGUCCGCAAAGGUGAAGUUCUUGGACUGUUGGGCCCCAAUGGAGCAGGAAAGAGCACCAUUAUGCAUAUGUUGUCAGGUGACACUGACCCCACUGAAGGCCAGGUGCUGAUGGGAGACUACAGCACUCCUCUGGAGCAUGUGGGCUACUGUCCGCAGGUGAACCCUCUGUGGCCCCGGGUCACUCUGCAGGAACAUCUGGAGAUUUACGGCGCCAUCAAAGGCCUGAAAGGAGAGGACAUGCCGGGGAUCAUCAAACGUGUGGUGAAUGCUCUGGAGCUGAAGGACCACUUGAACAAACAAGCCAAGACCCUGUCGGCGGGACUCAAGCGGAAGUUGAGCUUUGCCUUGAGUAUGAUUGGGAAUCCUCAGAUCGUCUUACUGGAUGAGCCUUCAUCAGGGAUGGAUCCAAAGUCCAAGCAGCGCAUGUGGAGGGCCAUACGCGCUGCUUUUAAGAACCGUCAGCGUGGCGCCAUCCUGACCACUCACUACAUGGAAGAAGCCGAGGCUGUGUGCGACCGCGUCGCCAUCAUGGUUUCUGGCCAGCUGAGAUGUAUCGGCUCCAUCCAACAUUUAAAAGGAAAAUAUGGUCGAGGUUACAGUUUGGAGGUGAAACUUCGAGAGGAGCUGACUGGGCUCCAGCAGGUGGCGCUGUUGCAUAAGGAGAUUCUCCGAAUCUUCCCUCACGCUGUCCGGCAGGAAAGCUUCAAUGCGCUUAUGGUUUACAAGAUCCCCAUGGAGGAUGUCAAAUCACUGGCCCAGUCUUUCUCCCAGUUAGAGAGUGCCAAGCAAGCCUUCAACUUUGAAGAGUACAACUUCUCCCAGUCCACCUUAGAACAGGUGUUUAUGGAGUUUGCCAAGGAGCAGGAGAACGAGGAGGAUGAGGUGGGCUCCCUCAGCACAACUUUCCAGUGGCAGCGACUGCGCCAGGACGGCUCCGUCUCAGUCAACCACACAGACAGCAUCGUGCACCAGCUCUGAAGUCCACCUGAGAGGGAGCGGGCCGGUAACUGACCAGGAAUCCGAAACUACCAGGCUUUGACGCCUGAGGGCUCACUCCGGCACCCCCCCCUCUGCACGCAAACUGACGCCCACUGCCUUUAAAAUGAUAAUCAGACUUGGGUGGGUGGAGGCGGGGCUUGCAUACACUAGGACUGACUGUGUGUUUGGGCUCAGGGCUGUUGUGGCCUCUCUCUGUGAGUCUGAGGAGCACGUGUGUGUUACUCUUGUCCACUGGUGCUCCAUGGUUUCUGAAUCUCAUUGACCGAGGGGCCUGCAGUCUAUCUCAGCACGCUGAUGUGACACUUACUCUUCUUUCUAAUGUUUUUUUAUCUUCACAGGAAGUCCGUUAAAUGGGUAAUAAUAUAUAAAUAUAUAUAUAUAAUAUGUAAUAUUUAUGCUUUGUAAUCCUUUCCAUCCAUCCUCCUCAGGAGGGGCAUUAUAGUAAGUGUGUUUGCUUGUCUCUACAGGUGUUUUUGUCUGUUGUUUGUGGAACAGUUUUUUUUUUUUUUUAAAGCACUACCAACCAAAGCAGCACAUCUCUGAACCACACCUCCUCACUUAUUGGCACUGAGAAGUACCUUAUGUUUGUUAGUGUCAGUAGCAUGUGCAGAAAUGGUCUAUCAAUAAUGCCGGGCUGUGGAAUGAACGCCUGUCUACUAACACACUCAAAAAAAUAUGAUAUAGCUCUUGAAACCUUUAAAAAAAAAAACAAAAAAAAAACAUGUUUGCUUUUUGUUCCUCUGAGGCUGAAGAAGAAUGUCCCUUCUCCUCAUCUUACACCAGCAUCUUCAUUUUAAUGUCCAGACACACGUUUAAACUCCCCAUUCUCCAGAGUUGUUUGAGCAUGCACGCUCACUGAGGAGGUCGGUUAUUUUCAAAUGUGGUAGCCGGUUUUUGGGGGUGAACGAUGAUCGUUCCCCUGCGGCCUUCCUCUCUGCAGGAUUAGUGUUGAACCCAGAUGAGGGGGGAUGUAGUGUAGAAUAUGCACACCAGUACAUGUAGCACACCGCCCUCAUCUCAUUAUGUUAGCCAGAGGCGGAUAACCUCUGACGUGGAGAGGUGACGCUUGACGUUGGAUCUGCAUGGGGCUUGUUGAGCUGUUCUUUUGAUAACAGAUUUUGAAUGUACAUUUGGCCUCCAGAGAGGAGGGUUUGAAACUCAGUGACUGCUCUGUUUCACUUUUGGUGCCACUUUGGAUCAUGCAGCUUGUUAACUUGGGCUUACAUAAAGUGUGUAUUGUGUUUUAGUAUAUAUUAGUACAGGGGUGUCAAACACAUUUUAGCUUGUGGGCCUUGUUAAAACUAUUGCUUACCUUCAUAAAGAAAUGACCUCCAAAUUUUUCCCUUUCUUUUAGUGUAAAGAAGUUAAAGCAUUUACACAUUUAAAGAAAUCGGUUUGUAAAAUUGCAGAAGUUUUGGCUGAUCAUUGCUUGGAUUUUGUUCUUUAAUAAAAACAAACUUUCUUUUAAUUCCCAGAAAUUUUCAUCUUUUUACUCUGUAAAAAAACAUAUUCAGUGCUAUUUAAUGGUUAUUCAACAGUGGGGGGGAUGCACAUGUUCUCAAGUUUUUUUCCUGGAAAAAUAGAAUUUUUAGGUAGUGAUGAUGCAUGAAAGCACAAUUGGUCCACAUACUCUAAAUUUAAAAAAAAAACUUUUUUUUUUUUUUUUUUAGUCAUUUCAUAAAUAAAAAUGAGGCCAAAUUGUUUUUCCCUAAAUAUGAAACAUUCUUGCUUUACAGGUAAAUUUGUGUUUUCUGAUAUUUUUUUGUCACUUUAGCUGCGGGUAAUAUCUGUCAGUAAGAAGGCGGUUAGGCUGACCUCUGACUCAGAUGAAAUUAAUAGUUCAGACUCUCAUAAGGACAAAACUUUAUACCACUUAUAUUUCUCCAAUUUAUUUGAAUUUUCACAUUGUGUUUGACACCCCUGAUGUAAUAGAUCUGUACUAGGAAGUACGUAGUUGGUACAAUAUCUAUCAGCAAACCGACAAAUUGUAAUUCUUUCAUGACAUUCAGGUCGGAGGAUUUUGGGUUAAAGGGAAUUUAAGACAUUUUUUUAUGAAAUUUUAUUUCUUUUGUGAUCACAAAUGUUUGUUUUUUAUGUUUUGUUUUGUUUUUUUUAACUUGAGAGCUUUACAGUAUGAUGUGCUAACAUAGGGGUGGACGGGAACAGAAGUGUGCAGCAACAUCACAACUGGAUUAUACGAGCUUCACAGGAUGUGUGCGUUUGUGUGUUGCAGGCGUGCAGGUGUCGUCCACCUCUGGGGGACAGAAUUAUUAUCUUUCCUUGAUUUUCUUCUACUUUUCAGAAAACAACCAGGAACUGAAACUAAAUUUUAAAAGCAUCCUAAUGCUAUAUUAAAUGCUAUGUAAAUGAAGAUUCCAGCGUUUAAAUUAUUUCCUGUCCUGAGCUCGAUCGUGUUUCUCUGUUUUACCCAGGCUGUCAGGGAUGAGUUGCCUUCAUGUGUUUUUUCAUCUGUGAGGCUCUUUUUACUUGAGAUGUAGGAGCUUAGUGACAGAGCUGUUUGUAAAGCUGUGAAGUGUUUUAAGAAUACAGUCAUUAAACUGUAUUACAUACACGAAAGAUUUGAAUAGACCUUUUCUGAAGAAAGCGACUGGGAUUUCUGCUGACAGACUGCAUUACUUGAUGUUAUGUCCUUUUUAAAUGUGAAAACUCUGAAACCCUGUGGAGGAAUUUUUGGUUUUUGGGGGGGUUUUGCACACAUGUAGCCUUUUGUCCGCAGACUGAGUAUAAACACUAACUCUGCUUUAAGUUGAACAUGUGUGCUGAGUAUCGACGAGUGGGUUUCUUUGGACUGGCCCAUAUAUACUACUGUAUGGAAGUCCAUUUUAUAUUCAUUUUCCCAAGUGCAAUGAAUGAUGUUUGUUAGGAUGUGUGAAUUUCCUCAAACAUUCAUGUUGUGUUUCAGUAACAUGUAGCCAUCCAGAAACAUCUGCUUUUUUUUUUUUUUUGGACUUAUCAAAAAGUACAGAGCAUUUAGUUGAAAAUAAUUCACAUGGAGAAAACCAAAAUAUUCUUUAGCUCUGCAGCAAAGUGUUUAGACGACUGGCAUCGAGGGGAGCAGGUUUCAUUUUAUUUUCCUGGUGGUGGUAAAAUUGCACUAUUUCUGGGAAAUUUUAUAACCUUUCUUUAUAUUAUGCAAUCUUUGUAAGAUUAUUUGUGCACUGACUUUAUUUUUUAAGACUGUGGUUUAGCUGUGUGCUGUAUUUGCCUCCUAUUGCACCCCUUGACUGAAUGGCCACGUGUCAUUAAAAUCUGUGGUCUCUACAUGACCUUUUCAUGAUUAAAUGUUACUGUAAAAUA